UGCAGAUAUGACUUUUUUAAUUGAUUCGGUUGUAUAAUUAAGCGGGUUUCCUGAAAACUUGUAUCGGUUAAUUGAUUCCCCGGUUAAUUGAAUCAAAAAUGGUACAAUUUUUUAAGUGCAAUUAUCCGGGCGAUACUGUACUACAUGUUUUGAUUAAAUGUUGAUUUGUGAUAAUAUACCAAGUGUUUUGGUCUUCAGUUCAUCCUAUCAACUCCGGCACACAAGUAUAAAAGCACCAAAAGUUCUUGAAAUUUAUUCAGUUUCAUUGAAAGAUUUAGUAAUUACACAAGUGACUACAAUUGUCUAAUAGAACAAUGGCUAAAAUAAUGAUAAUCCUCGCUGUUUGUGUCGCCUUGACAAUGGCACAUUCAAACGGUUAUGGUGGCGGUCGAGAAAGUUACGGUCAAGGUGGUUAUGGUGGGGGUCAUGGUGGUGAUGGUAUUAGUGCUGGACAUGGUGGGUUAAGAGGUGGUCACGGUGGUCUUGAAGGCCGUCAUGGUGGUUAUGGAGAUAGUGGUAUUAGUGGCGGCCAUGAUGGUCUUGGAGGCGGUCAUGGGGGUUACGGAGAUGGUGGUAUUAGUGGCGGCCUUGGUGGUCACGGGCGUGGAGGUACUAAUAACGGACAUGGUGGUUUAGGAGGUGUUCACGGUGAUGGUGAAGUUAGUGGCGGACUUGGCAAUAGAAUACAGUUCGGCUACGGUGGGCAGAGAGGCUAUGGUGGACAAGGCGGAUAUGGUGGGCAAGGCGGAUAUGGUGGACAAGGCGGAUAUGGUGGACAAGGCGGAUAUGGUGCUAGCGGCCAUGGUAGACAAUUUGGCGGUGGUUAUUAAAACUUUCGCUUAUAUAAAAAUAUUUAACGCCAUAAAUUAUUUCACGCAUUAAAAGUAUUGAAAAAGAAAAAAAUAAAAACAGUUACAAAAGAA